UGAAAAGGCCACGUAAUGAACAAAAGUAGGAUGAAAUGUGCAACAAACACACUUCUCGGAUCGGCGCUUUAGACAACACGGCAAAAUGUUGUGUUUGGUACAAAUGGUUGUGGCUACGUCGGUUCUUCAAGCUAUUAUCCCAGGUAUUUGUGGUGUACAAAUAGACCAGAAAGGAACUAAUUUCAUCGUAGCAUUUCCCGACAGCGGUACAAACGACAACGUCAAUCUCCUGGUAAUCACGUCAGAGACUGACGUCAAAGUCUACGUUAUGAUGGACGGGGAAAAUGACACUGAACAUUUUCUUUCUGCUGGAAGUUCUCGACACAUUUACUUCCCUUAUCAGACCACAGUGUUUUCGAACAUGGCGGUGGAGAGAAAAGCUAUCCACAUCCUAGCAUCAAACAAGGUGUCAGUGUACGGCUACGUGAAUCAGUACAAUGCAAUGGAUGGAUUUCUGGCUCUACCUGUAAAUACGCUGUCGGACGAAUACAUUGCCGUAACCUAUUACAGUCACGCUGGUGCAGGAGGCCAUGUAAUAAUCGCUGCAACAGAAAACGACACCGUUGUCAACGUAACACUGAGCACCACAGCAAGCUGUAACAGUACGAGGCUGGUGCAGGGAGAGAUCCUCACGUUCCGGCUGCAGAUGAUGGAUGUAGUUCGUGUGUAUUGUGAUCGAGACAUCACGGGGACUCUAAUCAAGGCAAAUAAACCAGUUGCAGUCCUCUCUGGGAAUCCUCUCACCCAAGUUCCAAAGAAGGUGGAGUUCCCAGACAAUCUCGUUGAAAUGCUAAUCCCCACGUAUGCAUUCGGGAAGAAGUAUGCAUUGGGCCCCAUCGCUGGUCGCCAGUGCGGUGUUGUGUAUCGGAUUGUUGCUGAAAAGCAUGACACUGUGGUCUUCGAAUCAGACGGUACCAGACACAUCUUGUCCGCAAGGACCUUUAAGGAUUUGGAUUUUACCCAGACGGAUUACAGAUGUAUCACAAGCAACAAGCCAGUCAUGGUGGUGCAAUUUGCAAAGGGGCAGGUUGCUGAUGGAUCUGCGUUAGAAGGAGAUCCUUUCAUGGCCAUCAUGCCCCCGAUUGAAAGAUACGCGUCCAGGUACGUCCUGGAUCUGAUCACAUCUUCCAGUACCCCUGGGUAUGUCCUGGUUCCUUAUGUGUCAGUAUUUGUGGCCAAAAAUGACAGCUCUGGUUUGGAGUUCAUGCCACAGUCUUCCUUCCAUGACAUCCCUGGGUGUGACAUGACCACUGCUUCCAAAUCUGUUGAACAAGGGGAACUCACCUUAGCGCAUCGUAACGGGAAAGGAUUCGGAGCCACGGUACACGGCCUCAUUACCUUCAAAGCUUAUGGAUAUCUGGCUGGAAUUAUUCUUGAAAACUUUUCAGGGAGGAAUGCCUGCAACUCUGGCCCCUGUGAAAACAGUGGAGCUUGCUACGAAUCUGGGGAUUCCUAUCGCUGUUACUGUCCGGCAGGGUUCAACGGCCUACUUUGUGAAAAUGACGAGGUCAACGACUGCAUGAGCGAACCUUGUGGAAAUGGAGGCACGUGUCAAGACCUCGUCGGUAACUACACCUGCAUCUGUCCACCUCGUUUCACAGGAGAAAGAUGUUUCGUGGACGUUACAACCGUCACCCCGACAUUAGCUGCAGAAACUACAGCGUCUGUAAAUGAUGACGUCACUACUGACACACGGGUCACAACAGAAGACUGGGCAACAACGGUUCGCGACGUACCAGUCAAGGUAAAAGUCAACUCAACGGUGAAGGUCACCAGUAAAUCAAAUGCGUGUCAGUGUACUUGCAAGAACAUCACAAUUGAAGAAGUGGAAGAAAAGGCAAAAGAGAUUAAGAAGCAGCUUACAGUGGACCCGAUCAUGACGUCGAAAUCCAAAAGAAAGUUUGUGAGUAUUCAAGACACUCGUCUGUCCGCUGCAGGUAUUGGGUACAUCGGUGGUGCGUUUCUAACUUUGGUUUUUGGGAGUAUAUUUCUGGUGGACUUGUCGGCGGUCAUUUCAAGAUGGCUAGCUUCUGUCAAGGACAAGACGCGUCACCGUGAAACAGCAUCACGAGACACGAGUGUCAGUCGGAAGCACAUUCUGCAUGUGAGACCAGAAGCGAUUGUUAUACAUUUGAACAAAAAUGAACAAUGAUAGGACCAUGUGUCAAAUAGUGAUCACUGACUAGGACCAUGUCUUCAAAAUUGACCGAUACCAUGUGUCUACAAUUUAUCAAUGACGGGCAUCACGUGUCCAAAAUUGAAAACUAACAGCAUGAGGUAUCUUGUGGCUUAUAUUCACUAUUGACUGGUGUCUUACAUUGAACAAUGGCAUGUAUCAUUUAUCUACAAGUAAUAAAGGACAGGUGUCACUUGUCCAAAAUUGAACAAUGAAAUGUGUUAUGUAUCAACAAGUAAAAAUCUUUCGGGCGUCACAUGUCCAAAAUUGAACAAUGGCAUGUAUCGUGUAUCUACAAGUAAUAAAUGACAAGUGUCACAUGACCAAAAUUGAACAGUGGCAUGUGUCAUAUAUCUACAAGUAGUAUAUGACAGGUGUCACAUGACCAAAAUUGAACAAUAGCAUGUAUCAUGUAUCUACAAGUAAUAAAUGACAGGUGUCACGUGUCCAAAAUUGAAUUAUGGCAUGUGUCAUGUAUCUACAAGUAAUAUAUGACAAGUGUCACAUGACCAAAAUUGAACAAUAACAUGUGUCAUGUAUCUACAAGUCAUAUAUGACAGGUGUCACGUGUCCAAAAUUGAAUUAUGAAAUUUGUCAUAUAUCUACAAGUAAUAAAUGACAGGUGUCACGUGUCCAAAAUUGAACAAUGAAAUGUGUCAUAUAUCUACAAGUAAUAGAGGACAGGUGUCACGUGUCCAAAAUUAAUCAAUGACGGGCAUCACGUGUCAAAAGUUGAAGGUAUCUUGUGUCUUAUAUUCACUAUUCAAUAUUGACUGGUGAUUUUGGCAUGUGUCAUGAAUCCUAAAUAAAUGAAUGGCAGGUGACAUGCAUUGAAACGUUAACUUUAACUGUGUGUCCACAAAUAUAUGAUAGUCGUGCGUUAAAACAUGUGGUAUGUGUCAAAUCAAUGCGGUACAGGUAAUGUGUUUCAUUUAAACCCAUGAUAACAUUGUCCAUGUGUCAAAAUCGGAAACUGAAAGACACUCUGUGUUCCAUGUAUAGUGACAGGUGGCAUGUGCUCACACCUGGAUGGAGACAAAACACGUGUACCUAAUCGCUCAGAAACGUUACUGUGUAGUGAUCGUUCCACAAAAAUAUGAAUUUUAAAGACUGUGAAAAGCUUGGAUCAGAUGUGUUCACGCACUGUUAAAACUGAGUUUUCAUCAUCUUCGCAAG